CUCGAGUUCCUUUUUCAACCUUCACUGCGAGCACGGUAGCGAGAGGGGCACCUUCAAGCAGGGGUCGAUAAAGAACCACUUAUAAUAUUUAUACACACAUAAAAGAACAAUGUCCUUCCUCUCUAUCAGCAGACUAGCCCCAAGGCUCCUCAGUUCAAAGAAUGCAGCAUGCGUUGUUGUGGCUGCCAGAAAUGUCAGCGCAUCCACGAAUUUAAAAGAUGUCUUGGCAGACCUCAUCCCUAAAGAACAGAGCAGGAUCAAAAACUUCAAACAGCAGCAUGGCAAAACUUCAAUCGGUCAGAUAACGGUGGACAUGGUUUAUGGAGGAAUGAGAGGCAUGAAGGGUUUAGUGUACGAGACCUCUGUGCUCGACCCUGAUGAGGGCAUCCGUUUCCGUGGUUACAGCAUUCCAGAAUGUCAGCAGCUGUUGCCCAAAGCUUCCGGCGGAGAGGAGCCGCUGCCAGAGGGUCUGUUCUGGCUGCUGAUCACAGGACAGGUGCCCACUGAGGAGCAGGUGAGUUGGUUGUCCAAGGAGUGGGCUAAGCGCGCGGCCCUUCCCUCUCAUGUGGUUACCAUGCUCGACAACUUCCCCACCAACCUGCACCCAAUGUCUCAGUUCAGCGCCGCCAUCACGGCUCUGAACAGUGAGAGCAGUUUUGCCCGGGCUUACUCUGAGGGAGUUAACAAGGCCAAGUACUGGGAGUUCGUGUACGAAGACUCAAUGGACUUGAUCGCCAAGCUCCCCUGCGUGGCGGCCAAGAUCUACCGCAACUUGUACCGUGAAGGCAGCAGCAUCGGCGCCAUCGACUCCAACCUGGACUGGUCACACAACUUCACCAACAUGCUGGGCUACACCGAGCCACAGUUCACAGAACUCAUGAGGCUGUACCUCACCAUUCACAGUGACCAUGAGGGUGGAAACGUCAGCGCACACACUAGUCACCUGGUCGGCAGUGCCCUAUCUGACCCCUACCUCUCCUUCAGUGCUGCUAUGAAUGGCCUGGCUGGACCCCUGCACGGACUGGCCAAUCAGGAGGUACUGGUGUGGCUGACAGCCCUGCAGAAGGAGCUCGGGGGUGAGGUGUCGGAUGAGAAAAUGAGAGAUUACAUUUGGAACACUCUCAAAUCAGGCAGAGUGGUCCCUGGCUAUGGCCACGCUGUGCUGAGGAAGACAGAUCCCCGCUACGCCUGUCAACGUGAGUUUGCCCUCAAGCACCUUCCCAAUGACCCCAUGUUCAAGCUGGUAGCUCAACUCUACAAGAUCGUACCCAAUGUGCUUCUGGAGCAGGGCAAGGCCAAGAACCCCUGGCCCAAUGUAGAUGCUCACAGCGGAGUCCUGUUGCAAUAUUAUGGCAUGACUGAGAUGAACUAUUACACUGUGUUGUUCGGCGUAUCCCGGGCUUUGGGCGUCCUCGCCCAGCUGGUGUGGAGCAGAGCGCUUGGCUUCCCUCUGGAGCGCCCCAAGUCCAUGAGCACGGAUGGACUCAUUACUCUAGUUGGGGCCAAAUCAGGCUAGAGAGGGAGAGACCAUGCCAGCGGAGUGAGAACAGGAAGGGGAGGAGCUUAAACUAUUAGAAACAAGCCUCCGGGCUAAGGGAUUCAAAGAGACAGUACACUUUUAAAUUUCAUCUAAAAAGGGCCUUUAUUAAUAUAUAACGUCAAGAUGACACGUCCCAUUUACACUCUUAUUAGUCUUUCAUUCCCAAAACCACAUUUACAGCUACAUUUUCACAGGAAAUGUGUAGACUCAUUACACAGUCAUCGCUUGUGGUCACUCCUCUUCAGUUUUCCCGCGUUUAAUGCCGAUUUUCCAGACCGUAUGACCAGCUUGAAUGACGCAGCUAUGGAUGUAGUGGGGUGGGCCGUGUUAUUAUCCAAAAACACAGCCGAGAGUAAGAUAUCUUCCCAGAAAUCACUCUCCUAUUUAAAUUAAAGAAUGACUAUUAAUUACUAGUUAAGAAGAGUUCGUUCACAUGGUAUGUAAAUAAACCCUAUAUCCUCAGCUGUCACACCAA